CCUUUCCGCAAAGGCAGCCACUCUGAAAGAAAUCAGAAAAAAAAAUUUUAUGGGAAAACAGAUGAAAAACAGCAAUUGUAUUUAAUUAAAACAAGUGCAGCAAGUAGUUUUCUGCGCCAGUGUUGACUUCUAGUCCUGCCGUUGAAGUGACGCCAAUUGCGCGACUUUCGAGUGAAUCUAUUUGCGGAGUGCCCAACGGAUCCGGGAUCAUCUAGGCCAUGGAUUCGGCCACCAAUCUUCUCGAGCGACACAGCUCGACGGGCGAUCUAAGCAGUGGACCUGCUGAAGUGGAGGUUACCACCCGGGCCAGGGCCACCUUUGGCAUGGAUGCCGCCGGAAAUUCGACGGCCGAGGGAGUGGCCACCACCACGGCCACUCUGCGCUCAGCAGGAUCCGACGAGGACAUCUUCGAGCAGGUGCAGAUGAUCUUGCGUAAGCGACGCGGCUGGGGCCCCGAGGAUUCUCUCAACCCCAAUGAUCUGGACCUCCUGGAGUACGACGAUGAGUUGGGCGAGGAGGACGACGCCGGCUGCCCACUGCCCUCCACCCCGGAGGACACACAGCUGAUCGAGGCGGAGAUGACGGAAGUGCUGAAGGCAGGCGUUCUCUCCGAUGAAAUCGAUUUGGGCGCAUUGGCCCACAAUGCCGCCGAGCAGGCGGAGGAGUUUGUGCGCAAGGUCUGGGAGGCUAGCUGGAAAGUGUGCCACUACAAAAAUCUACCCAAGUGGCUGCAGGAUAACGACUUUCUACACCGCGGUCAUCGCCCACCGCUUCCCUCAUUCCGCGCUUGCUUCAAAUCGAUUUUCCGCGUGCACACGGAAACUGGCAACAUCUGGACACAUCUCUUGGGCUGCAGCUUUAUCGGCGUGGCUUUGUACUUCAUUUCGCGUCCCUCGGUUGAGAUUCAAACUCAGGAGAAUGUCUUUGGCGCCUUUUUCAUCGGGGCCAUUGUGUGCCUGGGAUUCUCAUUCGCAUUCCACACACUAAGCUGUCACUCGGUAGAGAUGGGAAGACUGUUUUCUAAACUUGACUACUGUGGAAUUGCGCUGCUGAUCAUGGGCUCCUUUGUGCCUUGGCUGUACUAUGGCUUCUACUGUCAUUACCAGCCGAAGGUGAUUUAUCUGUCUGUGGUGUGCGUUCUGGGCGUUCUCUCCAUCGUUGUCUCGCUGUGGGACAAGUUCUCGGAGCCGGCACUUCGGCCCUUGCGCGCUGGCGUGUUCAUGAGCUUUGGUCUGUCCGGCGUGAUUCCAGCGAUCCACUACAGCAUCAUGGAGGGCUGGUUCAGCCAGAUGAGCCGUGCCAGUCUGGGUUGGCUAAUUCUCAUGGGCCUUCUCUACAUCCUUGGCGCCCUGCUGUAUGCUCUCCGUGUUCCCGAGCGCUGGUUCCCUGGCAAGUUCGACAUUUGGGGCCAAUCUCAUCAGAUAUUCCACAUACUGGUCAUUGCGGCUGCCUUUGUUCACUACCAUGGCAUCUCCGAAAUGGCCAUGUACCGCGUGAUGUACAGCGAGUGCACCGUUCCCAUCGAACCAAUAACCUUCUAGAUGCUGAAGCAGAUGCCAAGGAUCAAUCAUCGUGAAAUCGCAUACAAUCCCAUUCAUUUUCAUACAAAGAAUAAUGCGAACUAGCGCAGUUUUACAAUGCAACCUUUUUAGCGUUUGGUGAGCAUUUGUACCUUGUUAUUCAAAUUCGACGGAAACAUAUUUGCGACACAAACUCACAGUAAAAUUCCGCGCAUUUAUCAUCAAAAUCUUACAUAAAAAACCUAGCAAACACAGUUGAUUGUCGAAUCAAAUCUGCAGUAGAGUAAUCAAUAUAUGUACAAUUAUUUAUAAAAUUCCAAUUUGUCUCUUUAAUGUUAA